GAACCGGAUUAAAACCGGAACCUGUCCGGAUUAGAACCGGAUUAGAACCAGAUUAAAAACGGAUUAAAAGCGGGACCAACCCGGAUUAAAGCUCCUCUGGGCUCCAGGUCCGGGAUUUGGGGAGUCUGGACCAGAGUCCGGGUUAUGGGUCUGUAGGACGCACGGGGCGUUUUGUGGAAACUUUGGUCUCCAUGGAGACGAGAGUUGUUCCCGCCAGCUGAUCAGUAUCAAUACUCUGCAUCGAUCCGUAUUGAUCAGCGGGAUGGCCGCGAUCCCGCUGCUGCUGCUCGCGCUCUGGACCUGUGCAGACGCCAAAAGCGCGUUCCCGCUGCGAUCCACCUACAGUUUGUACGCUGGAGGGCACGCGCACCCGCACGGAGUCCGCGCGGCCAGCAGACACAGGAACUGGUGUGCGUUUGUGGUGACGAAGACGGUGAGCUGUGUGGUGGAGGACGGCGUGGAGACCUACGUGAAGCCAGAUUAUCAUCCCUGCAGCUGGGGCAGCGGCCAGUGCAGCCGGGUGGUGGCCUAUCGGACUUACAUGAGGCCUCGGUACAAAGUGGCCUACAAAAUGGUGACGGAGAUGGAGUGGAAGUGUUGCCAUGGUUACAACGGAGAUGACUGCAGCGACGGUCCAGCUGGUGGAGCGGGGACCCAGAUCUCCACCACCAGGCUUCAACCCCGUCCAGGAGGGGGGACGAGCCCCGGACAGGGAGGAGGGGGGACGAGCCCCGGACAGGGAGGAGGGGGGACGAGCCCUGGACAGGGAGGAGGGGGGACGAGCCCCGGACAGGGAGGACGGGGGACGAGCCCCGGACAGGGAGGAGGGGGGACGAGCCCCGGACAGGGAGGACGGGGGACGAGCCCCGGACAGGGAGGAGGUCAUGGUGGACGAGUCGAUAACGAGAAGAUGAGGCAGCUGGAAGAAAAGAUCCAGAGUCUGACCAAGAACCUGCAGGACCUGCAGUCCGCUAUGAAUGAGCGCAACAAGCCCGGCUUCGGCGGAGGCUCCCCAGGGGGAAGAAACCCAGCUGACGCAGCUCAGCCAGAGAUCAAAGAGACCAUUCAUAGCAUUCAGACCAAACUGGACCAGCUGGACAACCGCACACAGGCUCACGAUAAAACACUAGUCAGCAUUAACAACCACCUGGUGAACGGAAAAGGAAACGAGCUGGAAGGAGGCUCCUCUGGAGGAGGCCUGAACUCGCUGAAGGAGGAGAUCCUCAGGGAGCUGGAGAGGAGGGUGUCACUGUCCUGCUCCUCCUGCCAGGCUGGCGUGGAGGACCUGCGCAGACAGCAGCAGGAAGACCGGGAAAGGAUCCGAGCUCUGGAGAAGCAGCUGAAUGCGAUGGAUGGUCGGUAUCGGCAGGGGCUGGACGGACUGCGGCGGGAGGUGGAGCGUUCGCAGGGAUGCUGUGAUACCAUCAACGACCUCCAAAACCGCGUCACUGAUGCUGAGCGCAAAAUUAGCUCUGCCUCUGAGAACUUUGAUGUUCUGCAGACCCGCCUAGACAGAGAGCUCAGUGGGGGAGGGGCUGGUGGACUUGGUGGUGGUGGGAGGGAUCAGGUACCAACAGAGGACAAACUGGAGAAGCAACUAAGUGACCUGGAGCGGCGAGUCAACAACACUGAACAAACUUGCUCUCACCUGGAGAAAGACCUGAAGGAGUACUUCCACAGAGAGUUAGGAGACCUGAGGACCGUCUUCCUGGAGCGGUUUGACGAUCAAGCUUUCCGGAUUGCAGAUGUGGAGCUGGACGUGGGGCUGGUGAAAGACCGGGUCAGCGACCACGAUAAGAGGCUGGAAAAGCUGCAAAACAUCACCUCCAUCCUGAGCCGGAGGGUGGAGGACUGUGGCUGUGGAGGGUCUGGAAGAGGGGGAGGAGGGAGAGGAGGAGAAGAUGGAGGAGGGAGGGGAGACGGAGGAGGAUUAUCGGGGGUGGGGGGAGAACGAGAUAAUACAACAAAGAAAUCUCUGGAGUGGAGAGUCGUCGCCAACGAGGACCAGAUUCGACAUUUCAACACUCAACUCAAAGACCUGUCGGUGUCGGGAGACUCUCUGUACGACAAGGUGGUGGACCUGAGCCAUGACGUCCGUAAGAUCAAAGCUCUGACAGGUGACCACGGUGAGCACUUUAACCGGAUCGUGACCGAGGUGGAGCUGCUGGGGCAGGACUGCGAGCUGUGUGGGCGCGUGCACGACGAGCUGCGCACGUUAAACAAUCAUUCCCGGCACGCGCUGAGCCGCAUGGAGAACCGCAUCGACACGCUCCAGACCCGCAUGGAUUCAGAUGGCGGCUGCCUCCGGAUCUGCUCCCGCCUGCAAGACGACGUCCGCCUCCUGCGAGACGACGUGAGGAGCUGCACCGGCCGAUGUACGCCCGGCCCCCGCACACCUCCAGGUGGUGGCUCUGCUGGUUCUGGUGCUGGUGGUGGAGGCAGCGGGGCCAGUGAGGCCCCUGGUGGAGGCAGCGGGGCCAGUGAGGCCCCUGGAGGAGGCGGCCGGGCCAGUGAGGCCCCUGGUGGAGGCGGCCGGGCCAGUGAGGCCCCUGGUGGAGGCGGCCGGGCCAGUGAGGCCCCUGGUGGAGGCGGCCGGGCCACUGGGGCCGGGGGCCCCGGGCUGGAUGCUGACAAGUCUUUAGACGGUCACAGCGUGAUCGGAGGCUCCAUCAACAACCACCAGCUGAAGACGCUGCAGGCCGAACUGUCCGAGGUCAUCCUCACCUUCAGCUCCAUCAACGACACGCUGAAGGGUCUCGAACACACGGUGCAGAAACACGGCAGCGUCAUCACCGACCUCGGCAACACCAAGGAUAAGAUCAUCUCUGAGCUGGACAAGAUCCAGCAGGAGGUGACGGAGCACACGGAGGAGAGCCGGGAUCGCCUGGACGGGCUGCACCGAGACGUCCGGCGGUUCGAGACCACGUUGCUGCUGGAGACCGCCGACUGCAAGAGAUCCAGCGACGGGCUGGAGAAGAGACUGACCAAGAUGGAGGACGUCUGUGGGAGGCUGGACGGGGUGUCGGACUCCAUCAGCAAGAUCAGAGACGGUCUGAACCGACACGUGUCGAGUUUGUGGACGUGUGUCUCGGGUCUGAACGACUCGGUGGUCCGGCACGGCGGAGUCCUGGACGUGGUCCAGAAGAACCAGGACGACUUCCAGAGCCGAAUGAAGAACCUGAACUCCUCCAUGAACCAGGUUCUGACCAGGCUGCAGGGUUCCUCUGAGCACGACGCCACCGGCCUGCCUGGAGGCCAGGGCCCCCCAGGAGAGAGAGGCUUCAAUGGGCUACCAGGACCACGUGGACCACCUGGACCUCCUGGACGACCUGGAGAGAGUGGAGCACGAGGUCCCCGAGGUGAAGCAGGUGUGCCCGGUGCUGAUGCUCAUGUACCCAAACUGUCGUUCUCGGCCGCCCUCACGGCUCCGAUGGAGCGAGCAGGAACCAUCGUCUUCGACAAGAUGUUCGUCAAUGAAGGAGAUUUCUAUGAUCCCAGGACAGGCAUCUUCACUGCCCCUGUAGACGGACACUACUUUUUCAGUGCCGUCCUGACAGGCUACAAGAAUGAGAAGAUUGAGGCAGUUCUGUCCAAGUCCAACUAUGGCAUGACCCGGGCAGACUCUGGGGGCUACCAGCCUGAAGGCCUGGAGAACAACCCCGUGGCCGAGGCCAAGACCCCCCCGGGUUCGCUGGCCGUCUUUAGCAUCAUUCUGCCUCUGCAAACCCGAGACACAGUCUGCAUCGACUUGGUGAUGGGCAAACUGGCCCACUCUGUGGAGCCGCUCACCAUCUUUAACGGGAUGCUACUCUAUGAGGACAUGUGACCGGACAACCUGAACCUCAUGAUAUAUGACAGACCCAGAAGAGGCGGGACCGCAAAGAACCUGGACCAAAUAAUCUGAGACAAACCCAGAGGAGGCAAAGAACCUUCAUCAGACUGCUGAUGACAGAAUGAUUUAUGGAAGCUUCAGUACUAAACAGAUGUUUUUAUUCCACAGUCACUCCACUACAGGACCUGAUGGCAACAGCGCCUCCCACAGGCUGCAGGGUUAAUUACAGCCUCAACAUGCUGAUAAUGUAUCAUGCAGUUUGUCCUGAGGGGGAGGGGGACUAGAGGAACACUCACAGGCUCAUUUAACCAAAGUGCUGCACAGACUUUAGCCCCGUCCCUGACAGGUCAGGUGUUGUCAUGGCAACUUGUGACCAUGUGACUUUAAAUAUGAUGAAAGCUUUGUAAAAGCAGAAUGUGUAGCUGAGAGAAAUGAUAUCUUUUUAUUUUCCACCUGACACGAGUUCACAUUGUGAAUGUUAUUUUAUUGGUGUUUUUAAUCUUUUGUCACAAAUAUUAAAAAAGGACAACGCUGGAAAUAUUCUAUAUUUUCUUAGUGUUAACAAAUCCCUUCAAAUAGUAGAAUGAAGAAAUGAAAGUAGAAAUACUGCCUUCAAAGUAUUUUUAAAACACAUUAGAACAAAGCACUUGUAUUAAAAGUAAAAGUAGUUAAAAGUAGUCAAAGUGGUUUGAUGUCUGCUUCCAUUUAUUAGCUUUUGAUAUAAAUCUU